GUUUCUUUCUUCUUUUUUUUCUUCCAUAUUUGUCGUCAAGUCUGAGAUUUGUUGUUUACGCGGUUGAGAUCCUGUCCUUUUAGCCUCUCUCUUUCUCUAUCCUUUGUGCUAAGUUUUAUUGGACUUUGUUAUACGUGACUACGUGAGGUAGAGGGAAUCAACGUGCGGAAGAGAAGAAGAGACUGAGAUAUUAUGAAAAAUUCAUUGAAGCUUUGCUUUUUGUUCAUCUUGUUCAUGUAGAGUAGAGCUGCAAGGAAACAAGUUGCUUACUAUGAAAUCAGUUAGUUGAAUCGGUGCUAGUGAUCUUAUUGGUUGAAGACAAAACACAAAGACUUUCUUUCUGUUGGAACUCUUUUUCUGUAAGCAGAGGAAGGAGGUUUCUUCUUAAUUAUCACCACCAUUCUAGAACAGGACACUCCCCUUGAUGAGAACUGAUAGUGGUGAAGAAGGGGACAAGUUACAGAAUCCCCGUUCCUUUCAGGUACAUAGUAAGUUGUGCAUAGAACUAGUGAGAUUAGUGGACAGAAUCUCAAAAAUAUUUCCAGACAUAGAGGCGGCACGGCCGCGAUGCUCAUCAGGAAUAGAGUCUCUAUGCUUGCUCAACAACUCAAUUGAUAGAGCCAAACUACUUCUGCAACAUUGCUCCGAAUGCAGCAAACUCUACCUGGCUGUGACAGGGGAUACAGUACUCUUAAGAUGCCAAAAGGUAGCAAGGUUAUUAGAGCAAAGCUUAAUCCAGAUUCAGGAUAUGGUUCCAGUUAUGCUGGCUGUAGAGGUUUCUAGAAUAAUUGAUGAUCUUGAGUGUACUACAUUUGUUCUGGACUCAGCUGAAGAAGAGGCUGGAAGGGUUGUGAGAGAGUUGCUUCAGCAAGGUACUUCAACCUCAGACUCAGUGGAUGAUUCCGAAGUUAAAGCUCUUCAGUUCGCAGCACCACGACUGAACAUAACAUCCCGAAAGGCCAUCGUAGUAGAGAGCCGAUCUAUCAAGAAGUUGUAUGAUAAAGUUGGACCAACUGACCAGAAAAAGAAGGUGAUCUUGAGAUAUCUUCUGUAUCUACUGAAAAAACACGGGAAUUCUAUCGCGGUAGAACAAUCGGUGACGGCCUAUUCUCGUCAUGAAGAACCAACAGCAAGAAAGAGUUCCAAUCAUGAUUCUCCACGGAGCCAUCAUGUUGAACCACAGCCAUGUUUGAACUAUGGUCAGAACCGAACUCAUACCAAUGAGUUGGGUAUUGCACCUCCUGAGGAAUAUAUAUGCCCAAUAUCUUCAAGGUUGAUGUAUGAUCCUGUUAUCAUUGCUUCCGGAAUCACUUAUGAAAGGAUGUGGAUAAAAAAGUGGUUUGAUGAGGGUAAAGUUGUAUGCCCAAAAACCAAUAAGAUGUUAACACAUAUGACAUUGACUCCAAAUGUUGUCAUGAAGGACCUAAUAUCAAAGUGGUGCAGCAACAUUGGAGUCUCCAUUCCUGACCCAACUAGGCAAGCAGAAGAUUCUUACCCAUGGGAUGCUUCAAUCACUUCCGUUCAGAGUUUUGGAAGUUAUUUCAAUGAUUUGAACUUGCCAAUGGAUCAUAGUAACAUGUCAAUUGGAUCAUUGGAUAGUAGUUUUAGUUCAGAUGCCUCACGAGUUAAGAUCGUUCAGGACUUAAAUUCGAUCUCGAUCAAGGCUAGUGACAAGCCUCACAGCCACAUUCAUCGAGCUCGUGAGGGGAUGCGUGAUACAGACUUGAUGCUGUUGCCUAAACUCCAUGAUCUUCAAUGGGAUUCUCAGUGCAAGGUCAUUGAAGAUCUGAAAGAUCAUUUGAAAAGCAACUGUCAAGCUUUUUCUUCUGUGUCACCAGAGAAUUUUGUUGAACCGCUGGUCAGAUUUCUUAGCAAAUCAUAUGAUCUGCAUGAUUUAAAAGCGAUGAGAGCUGGAACUCAGCUUCUGUUGGAAUUUGUGAACAAUUGCAGAAAUGGAAUGACUAAUUUAAGUGAAGACACAUUCAUUACAUUGGCUAGUUUUCUUGAUUCAGAAGUGAUAGGGGAUGUUCUUACCAUAAUGGAAGAGAUGUCUGUGCAUGGCUACAGUAAAGCUAAACUUGCAGCAUCCAGUUCACUCACUUCUCUUUUAAAUAUACUCGAUUCUGGUAACAAAGAGUUCCAACAAAAAGCUAUUAGAAUAAUGUACAACUUGUCCUUCAAUGGGGAAGUUUUCCCCCACAUGCUAUCUCUUAAGUGCAUCCCAAAAUUGCUGCCAUUUUUCAAAGACAGAGCUGUUUUGAGAUACUGCAUACAAAUAUUGAAAAAUAUAUGUGAUACUGAAGAGGGUAGAAACUCUGUUGCUGAAACUAAGGGAUGCAUAUCUUCUGUUGCUGAAAUACUUGAGACAGGAAGUAAUGAGGAACAAGAACAUGCACUUGCUGUUCUAGUGUCUUUAUGCUCUAAACGUGUGGAUUACUGUAAGCUGGUUAUGGAUGAGGAUGUUAUUGCUCCUCUUUUUUACAUCUCCCAGAAUGGAAAUGAUAAAGGAAAGGAAAGUGCCUUGGAACUGCUCAAUCUUUUGAGAGAUGUUAAAUGUGUUGAGAAUGAAGAUUGCUCUGAACCAAAUACCAACAACAACUCCUCUCAAGGUUCCAGCAGUCACCCUGAAGAAAAUAAACCAUCAAAGAGUUCUUCCACAUUUCGGAAGAAACUAGCAGUGUUCUCAAAAUCCAUUUCACAUGCAUCAAAAACCAAAAAGUGAGAAUGAGUUCCUCUCCACGCUGCUUAAUUUUGCUCUGCAAUAACAAAAGGUUGUGUGAUUGUGUAUAUAGUUGGUCUUAUUAUGAUUAUAACUUAGUCUUUUAACAUUUCGAUUUAGAGCUUGUUAAGAUAGUUGAAUAGCUUUACGACCAAGGACACACUUUAAUUUGUUUAUUCUUAUUGUAUAUAUAUUGAACACUUCUUCGUUUUGAGCCCUGACUGUAAAUAGAUAGUAGUGUAAUUUCUGCUA